GAAAGUAAGAUAUCUAGAAAAUUUAAUGUAAGACCUGCAAAAAAAUUGUGCACCACUUUGUAGUGUAACAAGGAAGAAAAAUUUCCAAAUUUCCAAAAUUUCAAAAAAUUGUAAAAGUCUAAAGAAAAUAAAUAACCAACUAACUGGAGCCUGAAAUUCCAUUUUUUUUUUUUUUUUUUUUUUUUUUUUAAAUUAAUGUUUUACGUCGCAUCGACAUCGAGGUCAUUAGCAACGAAUUCUGGACUAACUUGUAUUUUGUGGAAGAGUUUGGUUUCGUUAAGGAGAAAUUCCAUUUUGUCUUGGGCACCAUGGAGGUAUAAUGCGCCACUGGGUUUCGUGGGGUGCAAUGCAAGUCGAUUCCGCCUUUAGGUUUGCUCCUCGACUAUGGGAAGCCGGCGUGUGCCACUAGUCAGUCACUCGCCGGCCGCCGGUGAAGUACGUUGUGUUGGUGUUUCGUUCAGUCUUGUACGUCUUGCUCCAAAAGGACUGUCGUCCUAUGUUUUUCAAACUCGCAUGCACCACGCUCACCCAACAAACCUGACAAAUGUUCCUCGAGUAACAAUGUCGUUCCCGAUAACGUGAUUAACGGUUUUACCGCGAUUUCCAUAGGCGUGCGAAAGAAACAGAGAAAGAGAGAGAAAGAGAAAGAGAAAGAGAAAGAGAGAAAGAGAGAGAGAGAUAAAAAGAGAGAGGGAGAUAGACGAAGUGGAAUUCGUUUCGACCGCGUCCAGGAUCACGUGAGAUCGCGAAGUCUCGUGUAAGCGGCGGCAAACGUGCGAUUUUGUGUUGUGUUGUGUAUUUUAUAAUAUCCUUACUCAAAAGUGUUUAUAUUCGUUACGACCACCUGUUGCGCGCCUAAAGCACGCUUCUUUGUGUUAUGUUGGAUUAACCGGAUUACGUGCAUCGCCGGGAUGUUCUCUUCGCUGAGAUAAAUCACUGGAAACGUAAAGAGGCACGUUGAUUGUUGCUGCAAGUCUGGUAGUUAGCAGCUCCUCUCGCAGAGCAUGUUGGAAUUCCGUUGAUUUAAAUGGCGCUCAAGGUGCACCUGUGUGAAGCCGGAGGCGGGGGAUUCGGAGAACGGGAGAAUCUAGUGAGGACGCUGGGCGUAGCGGCGACGAAAUGAAGCAUGCAGCAUGCGUGGUAGCGGUGUCACGGCUGCGCGGUCCUGCCUUCAACCCCUGGUGUCCGCCAGCCGCUACCUCGCCGUUCAAGCCCUUCCUGGUGAUCCUCUUUACUUCGUCGUUGAGGCGAAGUCGAGAGUAAAAGAAGUGUACGCGCAGACAUGCAUGCUUCUUGGCCAGCAGGGCAUGCGAGAUUGCGAACUGUUCGGUCUGGCAAUACUAUCCGACGGCGAGUACCUGUUCGUCGAUCCCGAGAAUAAAUUAAGCAAAUACGCACCGAAGAACUGGCGAAGUUCUCAUACAUACGGCUUAGACAGCAGUGGACGGCCAGCUUUCGUCCUUUACUUUCGCGUUCGUUACUACGUCGACACACCGUUGCUAUUAAGCGAUGAGACGACGCGCCACCACUAUUACCUGCAACUGCGGGACAAUGUCGUCAGGCAUGGGGGUGGGGUGGAGAGCCUCCAUCCUCACCAUCCCUUACACGAGCCAACUAUCGUCACACAUUUGCUCACACUCGCGGGCCUUGCCCUACAAGCCGAUCUUGGGGACCACUCCGAAGAACGACACAGGCCACACGCAGGAUCUGUGGGAUACUGCAAGCCCACGGAUUACCUUCCGCCUCACAUGUGCCUCGAGUCAAAUGUGCUCGCCGUGCUCGCGGCUCAGCAUAGGGACAACCGGGGCCUGUCGAGGGAGGAGGCAGAGCUGCAAUACAUCCGGGAGGCGGUGCUGCUGGAGGCGCCGCUCAACGCUCACCUCUAUCGACUCAGACGAAGCAAGAACGAGCCUGGCCCUGGACGCAUACUCCUCGCGAUAUGUGCUCGCGGGGUGCGAGUCUACGCCGAGGAGGAGACACCGCGGGUCUUCGCCUGGAACAACAUCGGCAAACUCUGCUUCGACCGCAAGAAGUUCGAGAUACGCGCUGUCGAUCAGCCGGACAAGCUCACUCUCUACAGCGGAUGCGACGACAAAAGCAAGCUUCUUCUGGGACUCUGUCGAGACACCCAUCAGUUCUCCAUGGCCAUAGCACCUCGGGUGAACGAAGCGAAAAGGCGCGAGGAGGAAGAAAGGAAGGUUCUCCGCGAUUGCUACAUGUAUCCCGCUCGAUGCAAACUGAGUUUGACGGCACGCGGGGCGCGCGGUGACCAACGAAUAUCUGUUAUCUCGAGCACUUCAUCCAACACGACUUCUGGAAUUGUCAGCGACCGGGUUCACAGCGAGGACGAGCCAGAUACGGCGCCCGCUUCGACCGAAUGUCUGCCACGACUUACUGAAAAUACUUCACAUACUGGCGUUCAGUGCACCGUCGUCAACGGGACCAAUGCGGACGUCGAGGAUCGUUCUAUGCCACCGUCGCCGGUCUCCACCGUGGAUGAAGUCGACGGAGCAGACAGCACACCUACGACGGCUGCUCUGAGGCUGGCGUCGAAUACAGCAACGGCCGCCGAGGGAUCACAAUGUAGCAGCAGCUGCAGCACGGUCGUGGUCGUGAAUGCACCUGCUGGUGGACCGCCUCGAAUGAGGCGCACUUCGGCAACAUCCAGUCUGGAGCUGGGUUAUUCGCAUACGGCACAGAAUUCAGCGGUUUCGUCGGAAACCGCUAGCUUUCCUGGCGCCAUUUACGACAGGUGCAAAAAAACUGGAAAAUAUGCAGGUACAGAUAUUGCGAGCGAGACCAGCGGAGUGUACACUCUAAGAAGCAGCGAAAUGCAAGACGAACGAAUAGGUGACCUGUACUCACCGACCGGAGACGCGAACGAAUCGUCAACGGCGAGCGACGUGUGCGCCUUGAGUUCCGUGCAGUCGACGACCGACGAGGCAUCGGUGACAUCAGGCUUCUACACCAUCCACAGCGGGCUUCGAUCCGAAACGAGCGACGUUUACACGGAAGAUGUCAGCACGGAGGAGCAGGAGCCCAUAUACAGCAUUUGCAAAGGUGACGACGAUGUCGCGAACGUGGUGUCCACGAUGACGGCGGUCGCCCUGGACCAGCAGCUCGACGAUCCCAGGUCGCGCAGCAACAGCAUACUAAGUGCAGGUAGCUUCAGAGGCGACGGUAGCGAUCCUUCCAGCGUGGGACCGCUGUUGUCAGCCGACGAACUGUCGGAUCUGAUCGUGGGACGUUAUCCACCUCGGAAGACCAUCAGCAACUCCAUGGACUCCGACUGUGACUACGUCACCAUGCCUCCGCCACCGCCGCCGCCGCGAACGGACAGCGACAGGCAGCUUCCUCCGCCGCCUCCCUAUCCAUCCAGCAUGGAUUACGCGACAAUCAACUCGUCGCGGUCCAAGAUACCGGAUAUAGAACGAGAGCCACCGCCUCCACCGCCGUACAACGCGACUCGCGGCGAAUUCGUACCCCUGCCGCCCAGGAGGACCGAUCCACCGCCGCCGCCGCCGCCUUACACGUCGCCACGAGAAAGAAUCCAGAUACCACCGCCCACGCCUCCUAGAAACGACGCUGUAACCCCUAGGGAACCGCCGCCACCGCCGCCGUACCCCGAGGUCUCGGAGGUCACGCGCCAAGAGGCGAUCUCCACUCUCUAUCCAACCAACAGCGAAGAGAUCGUCUCAAGAGUCACGUCUACGAAGAUCCAAACUGGCCUGGCUAACAGCAAGGCGAACAUCGGUCUCACGUCGUCCAAGACCAUCGCCAGUCAGAUCAACGACGUCGCCUUGAUCGCGCCGAAACCACCACCCAGGAUCCAACCGCCCACUUAUCCCGGUGACAAAAUGAAACCCACGCCUGUUCACGCUCCUGUCGCGGCCCUCGUCGUCGGACCGAAUAAUUACUUGGACGUGCACGCCUCGCGAGGCGGUCCUGUUCUGUUGCCUUACUUGACACCACCGCCGCCCCCGCCACCCCCGCCGCCGCCGAUGGUUCAUCCCAGACAACCACCACCGCCGCCGCCCAGCUUGGCCACCGUUUACACCAGCCAAGUCGCCAGGUCCCAGAUCGAACAGUAUAAACAACAGCUCUAUUCCGACGUCGACUACGUCAUGUUCCCUCUGAAGGACCCCGCUGUGUCCAAGCAAGAGUACAUAGACGCGAAGCAAGGCUCUCUUCUGGCUGCGAUGGCCGCCUACCCUCCACCACCUUAUCCUUCCUUCAACAACAAGUCGUUGGUGAUGUAUCGCAGCACGCCGUACCUACCCGGCUCCUCCUACUCCUCCCCUUCGAAAUACGCGUCUAAUCAAAACCUUAGUAGCAGCGACACAAGCUCUACUAAUUACCUGCCGCACAGCAAUCUGAGCAGCCACUACGCUGCUAGCACCAGCUCGCUGUACAGCGGAGCCACUUGCUCGUCGGCAGGGAGUCAAAGCCUCCGACGAGAACCACCGGCACCGGCUCAUCCUCACACACUUCACGCGUUCUCGAGGACGAGAAGCGACGAGAACAUCUUGAAGUGCUUCGACUCGCCUUCCAGCAUCAAGUUACAGUCCCUGCCGCAGCUCAAGCACCGCAGGCUGCCGCCCCCACCGCCGCCGCCUCCUUAUGAAAUACAGAAUCUUGAGAAGAACCAACCGCUUCCAUCGGCCUCCUCGUCGUCCUCUUCGCCGAAGAAGACGCCCAAGACGAGUGUAACGGAGGAGCACGAAGAAGGAAAGGAAGACGGAAUGUUGGACAUACGGACGCUUCGCGAGAAGAGUAGAAAUUUGGAUCUGCCGCUGAUAUCGGCGCUGUGCAACGACCGAUACCUGCUGAAGCAGACGAAGGCGUUCGUAAUGCCAAAGCAUCCUACCGAGCCGACGUCCUCGACGUCCACGAAGAACGGCACGAGAAGCAGCAACGGUGGCCCUUCCAGCAGGAACAAGUACCCGGUCAGCGGUCUCUCCACCACCCAGAUCACGAAACCGCCGAGGAAAUCUUCCACGAGUACCCAUAAACAUCCCGCAGAGAUAAAGGGCAACUCUUACAAGAUCACCAAUUCAACGGUUGUCUCGCCUGCUAAGAAGGAUACGACGAGAGCGUCGCAUUCGUAACACGGGAUUUAGAAAGUGGCGGCCGGUCCUUUGGAAAAUUAUGGAAUUCUAUACCUCGAAUUAAGUACAUUCCGAUAUGCCCUCAACGAUUCCACGCCAAGCACUGUCCUUAAAUUAAUUAGAUAGCGACGAAAGGGAAUGGUUCUGACACCAUAGUCUGGUUGAAAGAAGAAUCGACUUGAGGGAUCGCUCGUCCUUACAACCGACAAUAAAGUGUCUCUUAAUAUUUUCUUUUGCUCAAGUAACCGAAGGACAGUUUUUUCUCUCCAAAAGCAGAAUAGAAACAAUUCCCGUAAGGUUAACUGAAGGAAUCGUACAGGAUUUUUUGUAUCUCUAGGUCCUAGAGUCUAGGGAUACAGGUGUUUACCAAUUGACCCGAACAUUAAUUAAUUCAUAAAUAUAUAAGCGACUCAGAAAUAAUUGCUAAAAUUCAUGUAACAGAGGGUCAAGUGUCAAAUUAGUGCUGCAUCCGUCGAAAAUAAGAAAAGUAAGAAAAGUACAAGAUCUCCGUCCACCAUUUUCUUAUUUUUAGUAAUCUAAUCGUUACAUAAAACGACAGACAGCGUGCCUAGCCUUGAGACCUUGGAUGCCAUAGAUUGACGGUAAUUUGCAAUUAAAAUUUGUAGACCAAUCAUCAAGAAAUAGUUCGUGCAUCAGGUGAGAUAAAAAAUACUUUAUGUAUCCGAGACAAAGAACGGUAGCAGCUCUAGUUCGCGUAACCUAAUCCAUCAAUCAAGACGAAUCCUCCUUCGACCCGGCUAUAAGUACUUAAACACCGUUGCUCUUUUUUUUUAAGACCGUGCUUCUUCAACUCAGGGUGCCAUUUUAUCGUUUACAAUACUUCUGCUCGUCGCGAAUACUCGAAAAUGUCCUAUGAGAGUAGGUUACGUUUCACCUCGACGACGGAUUAUUACAACGUAUGAAUCAUUCGUAAUGGUAAAUUAAGGAGAGCCUAAGGCGUCUAUUAUAUACCUCUCAUCUCAUUUCAUCUUUAUUGAUCUCUCUGAUACUCCUAAAAAAUUGUACUCUAACCCCUGCGAAACGAAGCUUUCUUUUCGUGCCUAGAAUAGUAGAAACAACCGACAAUAAAGUGUCCAUUAAUAUUUUCUUUUGCUCAAGUAAGCGAUUAGCGCGAUGAAAACGAGAAAAAAAAAAUUGAAUGCGAAUCUUGUGAAUCCUAGCGACGAAACCGUAAGUGCUCUUAUACAUACUUAUUCCGUUUAAGAGAGCGACGAGUUUUCUAGGUACUAAUUACGUAAAUAUUUUUAUACUCUGAAAGAAGGCAGGUACGAUUAUUGUAACCAGAGAAACAGUACCUAUCGAUGUCUCUACGGAAGUAAUAUUUAUUACCAUCCAAUUUUUUUUUUGUCUUUGUAUUGUAUUUUAAUAUCUUUCAAUCAGUGCUCGCUUUACGAUACUUUCUAUCAAAGCGUUUUUAAGCAUUCGCGUGUACGUAACUGUAAGGUGUAGUUGUCGAUACUGUCGUCUGGUUAAUUUCACAUGAUUUACUAGGGACACGUUAAAUGUUAAGCGAAGCCGGUGAGAAAAUCGACUGACUCGUCGAGCGAAAAUAUUUUUCGGGGAACUGCACUGCAGGACGCGCGCUAGAAGAUAAACGCGAAAACAGUUAAAGUUGUAAAAGAUCCGCGUCAGCGCGGGCCUUUCGUACAAUUAAUCAUAGAUCAUAGUGUAAUGGGUAAUAAUUUAGACGUAAUGUUGACUUAUGUUAAUUAAUACUAGCUAUUAAUAUUGCAACACGAACCAUGUCUGUACAUAGUAUUGCGUGAAAUUAUAGGAUUUGUUGUAGUCGGAAACCUCAUGUAUGUACCACGCGCCACCUCAGCUACGAAUAAUAAACUUUUUUUUUUUUAUAAU